UACUUGAGACCCACUGUUUAUGUGAUGGGGUUUGUACCCGAUUGCAAAACUUCAUUUAUUUUGUAUCUGUAACCAAAAAAAAGACCAUAAAAAAGUCGUAUCUGACAUUUUCUUUCAAUGGGUUGACCAGAAAACAGACAUCUGAUGCAGACGUUUGGCUGUCUUUAUAUAUAUAUGUGCAAAAGUGACUUCGUGAUUCUUCCUCAAAGUUUUGUGAGCCAGCUGUGAGGUCCAAGCAGCGCCUCUGGGAGCUUUGUCCUGAUCUGGAUUUCUUAUCCCCAUCACCAAAGACCAGCUGAAUCUUCACACCAUUUCGUCGUCGAAGUGAGAUGCUCCAACUAGCCUCCUAACCCUCUGAAAACACACACCUGAAUUCUCUGCACUCAACAGAGCAUCCCAAGGAUAAACCCUCCAGUAAAUCCUACGUGACUGAAGCUAUAGGAGCCCGACUAUCGGGAGAUACUGCUGCAAGAGAGGGAGUCGAAGAAGCAGUAAAGUAUCGCCUUGGAGCAAAGCAACGUGUUGCGUUACAUACUACACAGACCGGGAAAGGAAAGCGCAGAAAGACUCCAAGACCACAUCGUAAACGCCAAGUAUCUAAAUAAGGAUAUGGAGCUUGGAGAGAUCGUUGUGGCUGACCAUCCCAGUGAGAGGCAGUUGUACACGGAGCAGAAGCCAAGAGCCUACGACCUGCUGGGCAGAAGCGUAAAUCGGAUCCACCAAGUUUUCGGGUAUCUCACAGGAGAAAUGAAGGAAUACGGAGAGUGGAUGAAAAAUAAGCCUCUAAUGGUCCAGCUGGUGGACUGGAUCUUGCGAGGGACCUCUCAGGUGAUGUUUGUCAACAACCCUCUCAGCGGGCUGAUCAUUUUAGUGGGGAUCUUCAUCCAGAGCCCCUGGUGGAUGCUGACGGGCUGUAUUGGAAUGAUCAUGUCCACAUUAACUGCGCUGGCCCUCAGUCAGGACAGAUCAGCCAUUGCAGCUGGGCUGCACGGCUAUAACGGGAUCCUGGUGGGAUUGCUCAUGGCCGUCUUCUCCGACAAAGGCGAUUACUACUGGUGGCUCCUUCCUCCUGUGGCGGUUAUAUCGAUGGCCUGUCCAAUCCUAUCCAGUGCUUUGGGAUCCAUCCUCAGUAAAUGGGACCUUCCUGUUCUCACUCUGCCCUUCAAUAUUGCGGUGACUUUGUACUUGGCAGCCACAGGACACUACAACCCCUUCUUCCCUACAACCCUCAUCAAGCCUGUAGCCUCGGCGCCCAAUAUCACCUGGUCUGCAAUCAAUGUGCCACUGCUCUUGCAGUCCAUCCCCGUCGGUGCCGGGCAAGCGUACGGUUGUGGAAACCCCUGGACUGGAGGCAUCAUCCUUGUUGCUUUAUUCAUCUCCUCCCCACUUAUUUGUUUACACGCUGCAAUUGGAUCAACAGUGGGGAUGUUUGCAGCGCUGAGCAUUGCAUCACCCUUUGACAGCAUCUACCUUGGCUUACACAACUACAACUGCGCGCUGGCGUGCAUUGCGAUUGGGGGCAUGUUCUACGCCCUCACCUGGCAGAUUCAUUUGCUGUCACUUGCCUGCGCAUUGUUUUGUGCCUACUCCGGAGCAGCUCUUGCUAAUGCCCUGUCUGUGCUUGGGCUGCCACUCUGCACCUGGCCCUUUUGCUUCUCCGCACUUCUCUUUUUGCUGAUAAAUUCAGACAACCCAGCCAUCUACAAAAUCCCUCUCUGCAAAGUCACCUACCCUGAAGCCAACCGGAUCUACUACCUGAGAAUGAAGAGAAGAGCAUCCGAGAGCAGGAGAGAAGAGCAGAAACGCAAGCAGCAGAAACCCUCUGGCGACUCAAAGAUAAGCACAGGAGGCACCCCCCUGUGCACCCCCAAAGCCCGCCACGCUUACUGAUUUCAAAUGCUCACGCGUGUACAGUUUUGGGGUGGUUUUUCAGAUGCUAGCUGAGCACCUCACAGCCACAAACACCACCUUCAGCGGUGGUCUGCAGGCUGGGGAUUCGUCACCCCACGCUCUGGAGGAAACACGAUUUGCCCUUGAGCUAAGCUUUCCAAAAAGCACUCAGGUAACAUAAUGAUGACUGCCUUAUCAAUCCACAUGCUGUUAACUUGAAAGUCACCUCUUAUCAAUAGUAAUUACAAGAAUAGGCAGAAGAACAUUAACGCUGGCAUUUAAUUUCAGGCAAGUAAUUUAACAAAAUAAAUAUGCUGAGAAGGCACUGAUGUCUAAUAAUAAUAAAUAAUGUAAGAACUACGUCAAGAGCUGCACUUCAAAUUAAGAACAUGUAUAUUUGAAAGUGGAAUAAACAGA